CCAAUCCCAUUCAUUCAGCUGAUGAUUCAUGAGUUGACGUUUCGGAUUUUUGUUUUUCUGCAAGUUUUUGUGCAAACGUUGUUUACGGAGUCAUAUUUACGACAAUUGUAAUGAAAUACAAAAAUGGCAUACAGUAGUUUCCAAAACGUUGGCUCCUUUGUGCGCGAGUGCAACAACGCGAAACUGCGUUACGAUCAAGCGUGCCUGCAAAUAAUUACUAAUGAGGAUAUCAGUUUCUGGAGCCAGUAUGAAGAGUGCGAAGGCUGUAUGCUGUUGGAGACAGCAAGAUUUGGAUCUACAGACGCUGUGGUCGUCAGUACUACGAGCCCGUUGAAAUAUUCUAUACGUAAUGGCUUCGGGGAAAUUUGCAAUGGAAUGUACCAAUUCGGCGAAUACGGCCAGUACAGCAUCAAUGUCACCGAAGUGGUGAAGGAAGAAUGCCCGCCGCGCAUGACGGCGGAGCCUGACGCGGCGUACCUUCCGAUCCUCACCACGCUGGUCAUCCUGCUCUCCAUGGCCACCAUGUGGUACAUCGUCAAGGGCAUCGGGAAGCGAUUCGUCGCGUCUAGAGUGUAUGCUAGGUAUUUCGCGAGAGAGGACAAUGAGCUCGGCUCGGAAACGCGCGUGCUGACCGUGGAGGUGACCGCGCCCCGGUCUCCAACACGCUCCAGGCUUCGAUCCCUCGACAUCUUCAGGGGGUUCUGCAUCGCUCUCAUGAUCUUCGUGAACGCGGGCGGCGGCGGGUACAGCAUCUUCUCUCACAGCGUGUGGAACGGUCUCAGCGUGGCGGACGUGGUGUUCCCGUGGUUCGCGUUCGCGAUGGGCGAGGCGCUGGUGCUGUCGCUCAACACGCGCCUGCGCACCGCCAUACCCAGGACCACCGCGCUGUACCAGGUGGCGCGUCGCUCCCUCAUGCUGUCCCUGAUCGGCAUCGUGAUAAGCUCAGUGGACGCGACGUGGUCGGACGUGCGGUUCGGAGGCGUGCUGCAACGUCUCGCGGCGAUGUACCUCAUAGUGGGCGCUGUGGAGUGCGCCUUCAUGAGGACCACGCAGAACAUUACACCAGGACGUUCCCUGUUCCGUGACAUCGCCGCUGGUUGGCAACAGUGGCUCGCUACUAUCCUCCUGGUUGCCAUACAGGUGUGCAUCACGCUGACAGUGCCGGCUCCAGGAUGCCCGCGUGGGUACAUGGGCCCCGGGGGGCUGCACCUAUCGGCCGUCUCCAAUGUGUCGCUGCAGAACUGCACCGCCGGUAUUGCUGGAUAUAUAGACAGACUGAUCCUAGGCCCGACACAUUUGUACCGCGGAGGUACUUUCAAGGAGUUAUACAAGACGACGCUACCCCACGACCCCGAGGGCAUCCUGGGCAUCUUCUCUGGCGUGCUGGUGGUGCAGGCGGGAGCACACGCCACCAGGAUCAUGCUGGCUUACAACCACGCUAGGGCCCGUAUAAUGCGCUGGGUGUUCUGGUCGAUAAUAUUCGGAGUGUCCGGUGGAGCUUUGUGCAUGUUCUCGAAGAAUGGAGGCGUCAUACCAGUGAACAAGAAUCUGUGGUCCGUGUCGUACUGCUUGGUGACGUCAUCGAUGGCCUUCUUCAUACAAGCCGCGCUGUAUUUCAUCGUAGAUCUGAAAACCAAAUGGGGCGGACGGCCUUUGUAUUAUGCUGGUCAAAACGCGCUAUUCCUGUACAUCGGCAGCGAACUCCUGAAGCGUCAUUUCCCGGUACAUUGGAGGUUGGAUGCGCCGGCGCACGCCACGCUACUGACCACCAACGCGGCCGCCAUGCUCAUAUGGCUUGCCGUCGGCGUAGCGCUGCACAGGAAACGCGUCUUUAUUACCAUAUAAAUAUACUAUACUAUACAUGUAUAGAAAUCGAGUUGUUCUGUUUGUUUAUGGAAAUGAGUGUUUAUUAACCAGUUUUUAGGGAUUAUUAUCGUUCAGCAAGUUGAAUAGUUAACACCUCGUAAUGCAAAAGGAUAUUGUGUUUAUUCCAAUUUUAAUACGGCAGUGAUAACAUUUUUUUUUCUUAGAAAUAGAGGGAUCUAAAGUUAUUCUUUUAAUGAUGCCAGGCUCCACAUUUUUAUCCAUUAGGUUUGAGGUUGGUUAGAAAUUAAGAACCAGCGCCAUUACAUAAGCGGACAUGUCAUUAAAAUUUUUUUUUAAUAAAUCCUUGGGUGUACUUGAAUCUCUCAGAGAUCCGAUAUUAAAAAAUGUUGAGUAGGCUGCCGUAUAUAUUAAAUUCAGAAUUCAUUCUCAAUUAAAGGAUUUUUUUAGAAGUGAUAUGGAUUUGAUAAUAAGUUAUGUGUAAAUGCCUCAUCGAUUAUCGAAAUUACAAGAUAUCUCGACAACGACUCGAAUCGUCGAGAAUAACGCGAUCCAUAUCGAUAAUGAAAAUAAUAAAGUUAAUAUAAAAUUAUUUUGUAGGAAUAUAAAUAUACAGAUGAUUUGUUGAUAAGCGAUUUUAAUAAUUGUAUUACACGAAAUUGUAUAGUAGAAUAUGUAUAAUAUAUUAUAUAUGUGGGAUGGUUAAAAAAUAAUACUAUUGCAAUUGUUGCCAGUUAUAUUUUUGUUUUCAAUUAAAAAAAUUAUGGACAUUGGGAUGAAAAUUGAAUCUCUCAAACCCUUUUUUAAUAAAGCACCCGUAUUUAAAAUUAUUUAAUGUAUACUCUAUGGUCAUUUAGUUUUCAGUAUACGUAUUGACGCAAUUGGUUUUGUCUAUGCUCCAAAUUGUGAUGACAGAUCCUGCAUCUAUCUUCAUUAUAAUAUAUAUUAUAUUUUAUUUAAAUAACUGACUUACAAGUUCAAUGGUUAAAAAUUACAACCAAAUUAUAAAAAAUAACAAAAUAACAUUUCUGUUGGGGUACCCAAACUAAACUUGGUUUGUACCUACCCCUAUUAAAUAUUAUUUUUUAACUAUCCCAAAAAACCCUAAUUGGUAUGACUACACUACCAUUGCUCAAAUAUUAUAGAGCAAUUAUAUGAUGUAAUAAUAAAACGCCAAAAUGGUAGCCAGUUCAAUUUGACUGUUCGAGAUCUUAUUCCAUCGUAUUAUUAGUAUAAAAAGCAUUUUCGUUGCUUGAUUUCAGUCGGCAAAUAACACCCCCUUUGUAUAAUCGUGGUGUAAUCGGAUCGUAUUCAAAAUUUUAUCGUACGUUUAAUCGUGUCGUAUGCGUAAAGGCAUUUUUUGACUGUGGAGUAAUAAGAACGAAAAGCGAGAAUGAUUCCGAUUUCAGAACGAUUCUUAACGUCGCCGUGUCGUGUGCGAACAUGUUGAUGUAUGCACUCAUAACUCUUUAGGAGUGUUCGGAAUAUGCGAACCUUCGACCCGUUUCGAAUCAUUUGCGAAUGGCCUUGAUGUAGGUGAUAGCCAACGCCAUGAGCGUCGCCAGCCGAUGGCCCAGGGGCGAGGGGGGGGGACAAUUUGAUAUGGAGAAUGAGUAAAGUAUGAAUUGCAGGUAAAGUCGAGAGCAUAUGUUCCUCGCCCGCUCUACUAAUAACAAAGUAGAGCGUACGAAAUAUUAAGCAUGGAAUUGGUGAAUUCAUUCCAGUUUUAAAGCCCCUGGGCAGCUGCCUUUCCUGCCCUCCUUUGGCGACUACCUUGUCCAACGCCCAUGCAACAUUGCCGGGAAAAUUUUGAAUACUUUUAUGACGUUUAAAGUAUGAAGUGAAGAUUCAGAAGGAAUAAUUGUUGUCUUCUGGCAAUAUCAUUUAGUGAUUAUUGAAUAAAAUAUCUAAUGCUGAUGCUUAAUUUUAUUAAUAUGUUAAAUACUAAGGAUCAUUCAUGGGACUUAGAAUAUAGCGAGGUAGGGUCAGCAUCAAAUGAAUGUAUGUUGUCAGGAAGAUAUUCCACGAUUUAUCCCCGUUCACAUUCAUUUGAUGCUGACUGUACGUUAUUUAUCAAUAUAUUUUUAUUUUUUUAUCAUCCCUAAAGUAAUAAUGCUCAUACAUUUUGUCACAAUUUUGGAUAAACUUUCUAGACAAAUAAAUUAUACAUUAAUGUCAUCUUUGCCUUCAUUUGCCUUUAAAAUGAGUUAAAAUUUACAAUAAUUAUAUAAAGGAACAAGUAGCUAUUGUUAAUAAAAAAGUUCAGAUGUAAACUCGGUUUUAAUUUAAAAGAUAUUUAUAAAAAAGAGUGGAAAAAACUAUUGACAAGUUGAAUGUGUGAAAUAUCCGAACUUUUAUAUUAAUUAUUAAAAUAUUGUACACAAUUUAAACAUGUAUUUCGGUAUCGUACAUUGAUUCUGAAUUAGACUAAUCUAUAAACGUGAUACAAUAAAUUAGUUAAGUUUAAA